AUAGUCGAACGGGGCGGCAUGGUGAUCUGUUAUCUGUCAGAAAACAAAGGUGCAACUUCCUUCAAGUUGUUUUACUUUGCAAGGGAAGACCGGAAACACUUGUGCCGCGUGAUCCGCUGCGUCUGCAAAUGUGUGUGCGUGAAGGCGUGUGCUCGUGACCGGGAGUCGCUUCUCUUCUUCUCCGCGGCGCCACGCUGCGAUGCGGAACCGCAGCCGGCGACCCGGACCGGUCCACACGCACGAGGAGAACUCUUGGGUGAGGCUUCAGUUCGGCUCGGCUGAGCGAGGUCGUACUCGCAGACGUCAUGCCGCAGGGAGCUAGCCGCUAGCACCGAAGCUAUGAGCGGCGACGGCGCAGGAGGAGGUGCCAUCAGUCGCCGCAUCAAGAACCUGCUCAGAUCCCCGUCAAUCAAGCUUCGGGGGCGGGGCCGAGCAACACGUCAUCAGCUGGGCGACAAGGUGACCUUGGAGAAGGUUCUGGGCAUCACGGCGCCCGGCAACCGUGCACUGUCGUGUGACCCAAAGAGUGGACUCUUGGCGUAUCCCGCCGGGUGUGUUGUGGUCCUGCUGCAUCCUCGCAAGAACAAGCAACGUCACAUCUUCAACGCAUCGAGGAAGACCAUUACCACGUUGGCCUUCUCACCCGAUGGCAAGCAUGUCGUCACUGGCGAGAGCGGCCAUAUGCCGGCCGUGCGCGUGUGGGAGGUCCCGAGCGGCGUGCAGGUGGCGUCCCUCCAGGAGCACAAAUACGGCGUGGCCUGCGUGGCCUUCUCCCCCAACAUGAAGUACAUCGUCAGCGUCGGCUACCAGCACGAUAUGUUGGUGCACGUGUGGAACUGGAAAAAAGGCGUGGUGGUGGCGGCCAACAAGGUGUCGAGUAAGGUGACGGCCGUGUCCUUCUCGCACGACUCGUCCUACUUUGUGACGGCGGGGAAUCGACACGUCAAGUUCUGGUACCUGGACCACAGCAGGACCUCCAAGGUCAGCGCUGCCGUGCCGCUGCUGGGGCGUUCGGGGCUGCUGGGAGAACUGAAGAACAACUUUUUUUGCGACGUGGCGUGCGGCCGAGGACCGCAGGCGUCCUCCACCUUCUGCAUCAGCACCUCGGGCCUCCUGGUGCAGCUGGACCAGCGCCGCAUGCUCCACAAGUGGGUGGAGCUACGCAGGGUCGACUCUGCCCGUGCGUCUCAGGCCACGUGCUUGUGCGUGACGGAGGAGCUGAUCUUCUGCGGCUGCUCGGACGGCGCCGUGCGCGCCUUCAGCCCGCACACGCUGCACUUCCUCUGCACGCUGCCGCGCCCGCACUUCCUGGGCGCUGACAUCGCCACCAUGACGGAUGCCAGGCAAGAAGGAUAAUAUUUUCACACCGUCAUUCAUAAGGUGUAGCGAAAGCGAUUAUAUUGAUACCGCAUGUACAAAUACCAACGACUACUUUUUUUUUUUUUUAAGUGGAACCAAACCCACAAACGAUGAUAGCGACACUUCUUGCAUUUCAAAUGGUUGGCGACUCCUCUCAAAUUUCCCACGACAAUUCAUU